ACCUCUCUCCCACACAAGUUAUUCGCGCAAUUUUCAUCGCCCGCAAACUUUUCUCGAACACAAGAUCUCACGCACCCCCCACUCUUUGUCGACAGUCAUCAUCUACAAAAGAAGAGAGGUGUACUUCAGAAUGUUAGAUACUUGGAUGCUUUGUUAGCUGAAGAGAAAACUCCAGAGGAGCACGCUGGCCAGACUCAGUACAAUGGAUAUGCAGAUUAUAUUAUGCAACGACUGCGUGAAAAGAGGAACUGCCUCUUUUCCCUAGCUUUACCACAAGUGCCUGUAUUGCGGUUCGUACAACACAAGGCUGUUGUGAACCAAAUCCUUGGCAAGUACUCUAAGAAGCAGAAAGCAAAAACUGGAUAUAAG